AUGGCUUUACAUGAACAUUCAGAUGUUGUUCAGUGGGCCAUUACAAUUCUGAAAGCAGAUGAAGAGCAAUUUCAUGCUUCUCAGCCUUCAUAUGAUUGGCAUAACACACCAAUGAUGAACUAUUGUUCAGGAGGUCAUAAUUAUGUCAAUGAAGGAGUUGGUGACAUAGAAACUUCUAGCUCAUGCUGUAGUCCUGGUGAAGUGGGGGGAUGCUCAUUGGAGCUUGUUGAUAACUAUCCAUUUGAUAAUGAAAUAGAGAGGAGAUUGAGUGAGAUAACUCCCAUUCCUCACAUUCCAAAAAUUAAUGGAGAAAUUCCUUCUAUUGAUGAAGCAACAUCAGAUCAUGAAAGGCUUCUGGAGAGAUUGCAACUAUAUGACUUUGUGGAGCAUAAGGUACAAGGUGAUGGUAAUUGUCAGUUCCGUGCAUUAUCUGAUCAGUUGUAUAACACACCUGAUCACCACAAGUUUGUGAGACGAAAAGUUGUAAACCAGCUGAAGUCUCAUCCAGAGAUUUAUGAAGCAUAUGUUCCCAUGGAAUUUAGUGAAUAUUUGGAAAAGAUGUCUAGGAGUGGUGAAUGGGGCGAUCAUGUCACUCUUCAAGCUGCUGCAGAUUCGUAUGGUGUGAGAAUAUUUGUGAUGACUUCUUUCAAAGACACGUGUUGCAUUGAGAUUCUUCCUAGUUUUGAGAAGCCAAAAGGAGUGAUUUUCAUAAGUUUUUGGGCAGAGGUGCAUUACAACUCCAUCUAUCCUCAAGGAGAUGUAACAUCAAAUGAGUCAAGAAAGAAAAAAAGGUGGUGGAGCUUUGAGAGCUCACAUUAA